UAUUAUCAGUGUGUGCAAACAGAAACCUCUCCUUAUGCAAUAUAAAAGCAAGGGGAGUUGAGGAAAGAGGUAAUUUCGAAGACGAAAGCAAGCAAACGCAAGUUGAAUUUUUUUGCAACCGAGUCCGGUUCUUCCACCUUGGGUGUGCUUUUUGUUUAGAGCAACAAGCAGAAUGGAGUCGUCACCGGACGAUAUUGUUAUUGGAGGUAUUUCAGGGCGGCUCCCUGAAGCUAAUAAUCUGGAUGAAUUCUGGCAACACUUGAUAAAUGGAGAGGACAUGGUUACAGAAGAUGACCGUAGGUGGUUGCCAGGUCUUUAUGGUCUUCCUAAGAGGAAUGGAAAGGUGAAGAACCUAUCACAUUUUGAUGCUGUAUUUUUUGGUGUGCAUGCGAAGCAAGCCCACACGAUGGAUCCACAGCUCCGGCUGAUGCUGGAGAUCACUUACGAAGCAAUUAUUGAUGCAGGCAUUGAUCCUGCUACUCUCCGUGGUAGUAACACUGGUGUAUUUGUUGGUAGUAGCGGAUCUGAAGCUAGUGAAGGGUUUGGAGCUGACCCUGAAACCCUUCAAGGCUAUGCUAUGACAGGCUGCAAUCGAGCCAUGUUAGCCAACAGAGUCUCAUUUUUCUUUGACUUCAAGGGUCCAAGCUAUGCUUUAGAUACAGCUUGUUCAUCAGGAUUGCUUUGCUUGGAGAAUGCUGUCCAGGCGAUCAGGAAUGGCCAGUGUGACGCUGCCAUCGUUGGCGGUCUUAACGUCCUCCUGAAGCCACAGAACGCGCUGCAGUUCUUAAGACUUGGCAUGCUCUCCCCUCACGGAGCUUGUAAAUCAUUUGAUGUUGAAGGCAAUGGCUACUGUCGAUCAGAAGGAUUUGUUGCCGUCAUGCUCACAAAACAGUCUGUUGCUAAGAGAAGUUAUGCAACAGUUGUUCAUUCUGGAACAAAUACAGAUGGCUUCAAAGAUCAAGGAAUAACCUUCCCAUCAGGCCUCAUGCAGAAACAGCUCCUUGAGAAGAUCUACACAGAAGCUAAGGUUGAUCCAAAAGAUGUGACAUACGUCGAAGCUCAUGGUACGGGAACAAAGGUUGGUGACCCGCAGGAAGUUAACACAAUAGCUGAAGUGUUCUGCAGCGGUCGUGCUGAAGGCGAUUCGUUACUGAUUGGAUCCGUCAAGUCCAAUAUGGGUCACUCUGAAGCAUCCUCAGGACUAGCUGCAUUGGCAAAGGUCGUCUUAAGCUUUGAAAAUAAUCUGAUUCCACCAAAUUUGCACUUUAGGAAUCCAAACCCAGAUAUUCCCGGCCUUCUUGAUGGCAGGCUGAAAGUUGUCACUGAACCAACAGCAUUUACAGGCGGUUACGUUGGUCUUAAUUCUUUCGGGUUUGGUGGUGCAAAUGUCCAUGUGAUAUUAAAACCAAACGUGAGGAAGAACGUAUCAAAUGUAUUGACUGUCCCACGACUUGUCACAUGUGCCGGCCGAACGGAGCAAUCAAUUCUAGCGCAGACUGACGCCAUUCAAUCUCACAAGAAUAACUCUGAAUUUCUUAAUCUGAUCACUGAAGUGUCUAAGCAGUCUCCAGCAGGUUUACCAGUCCGUGGAUAUGCAGUGGUGCAAGACUCUGAUCUGUAUGUUGACACCAAGUCUGAUGUGAGCACAAACCAACAACAGUUAUGGUAUGUGUUCUCUGGUAUGGGAUCCCAGUGGGCAGGAAUGGGCCGUGACCUCAUGUCAGUUGACAUCUUCAGAUCAUCUAUACAACAAUGUCAUAAUUGGCUGUCAAAAGUUGAUCCAUCUAUUGACCUGUGUGACCUCAUCAACGCAGGAGACUCGGAGAAGCUUAAAGACACUGUUGUGUCCUUUGUGGGAAUAGCGGCAAUUCAGAUUGCUCUGGUUGAUUGCUUAAAUGCCAUUGGCCUCACUCCUGAUGGGAUUGUUGGCCAUUCUGUUGGAGAACUAGGCUGCGGUUAUGCAGAUGGUAGUCUGAAAGCUGAAGAGGCUAUCAAGGCUGCUUACUGGAGAGGGCGUUGUGUCAAAGAUGCUAAACUUCCUCCUGGAUCAAUGGCUGCUGUUGGCCUGACUUGGCAGGAGGCUAAAGAGCGGUGUCCAAAGGGGGUGGUCCCUGCAUGUCACAACUCAGAAGACACUGUUACAAUAUCUGGUGAGAGAGAUGCAGUGAAAAAAUUUGUUGAAGAGCUUCAAGCAGAGAAAGUAUUUGCAAGAGAAGUACAAAGCUCAGGCGUUGCAUUCCAUUCACACUUUAUGAAAGAUAUUGCACCAGCUUUGAAGAAAGCACUCGAUAAGGUGAUAACCUCUCCGCAACGAAGGUCAUCCCGUUGGAUAAGUUCAUCUAUUCCAGAAUCUAACUGGGACAGUGCCCUCGCCCAGUAUUCAUCUGCUGAUUAUCAUGUCAACAACCUCUUGAGUCCUGUCCUCUUCCAAGAAGCUCUAGCACAGGUUCCCUCUGAUGCAGUCGUUGUUGAAAUUGCACCUCACUGCCUCUUACAAGCCAUUCUUAAGCGUUCACUGCACCGUGACUGCAAAAUCAUUGGUUUGACCAGUCGUAAGGAAACGGACAAUUUGACCUUUUUCUUAAAAGGCAUUGGUAAAAUUCAUUUGAGUGGCAUCCCUGUAGAUGCCAACCAGCUCUAUGAACCAGUUACAUAUCCAGUUUCAAGAGGAACACCAGCAUUAGCACCUUUGGUCCAUUGGGAUCAUUCACAAGAAUGGGAUGUCCCGAGUGUUGAGACGUUUGGAAGUGGUGGAGGAACAUCUGCUACUGUUUCCAAGUUCAAUAUAGAUAUUUCCCCAGAAUCUCCAGAUCAUUACUUAACUGGUCAUUGUAUUGAUGGGCGUGUCUUAUUUCCUGCUACUGGUUACCUUUGUCUUGCAUGGCGUGCACUAGCUCGUUACAAUAACACGCUUCCAGAACAGACACCAAUAGUAUUUGAGGACGUUCACAUUCAUAGGGCCACAAUUUUAACAAAGAAAGGUUCAGUGAUGCUGGAGGUACGUCUAGCCCCAGCAUCAAACACAUUUGAGGUCGCUGAGGGUGAUCAGUUAACUGUAUCUGGCAAGAUUUACAUCCCAGAAGUCGAGCAAUCAACAGUGGAUGGUUGUGCCAAUGAUGCAGAGAACAUGAGGUUGUUAAAGACCAAGGAUGUGUAUAAAGAGCUCAGGUUGCGAGGCUAUGACUAUGGCCCUACAUUCCAAGGCAUUGCAUCGGCUAACAAUGAUGGUUCCACUGGUAAUUUGCGAUGGACUGGUAACUGGGUGUCGUUUUUAGAUACCAUGCUACAGAUGUCUGUGUUAGGUCUACCAGGACGUAGUUUACGCCUACCAACACGCAUCCAGUCUAUUUCUAUUAAUCCCACAGUGCAAGCUGAAGUUGUUGAAAAUGAAACAGAGUUGGCUGUAUAUUUGGACAAAAAGACUGGUGUAUGUAAAUCUGGUGGUGUUGAAAUGCGUGGCCUCCAUGCAACAGUGACCUCGCGUCGUCAACAGCAACAAGCACCACCCACUCUUGAAGAUGUAACUUUUGUUCCAUAUUAUGAAUCUAAAUUGAUGAAGAAUAAUGAAAGCGUCUUAGACUACCAGUCAUUCUGUCAUAAAUAUGUUGGGUAUGUUCUCCAGACAUUGUCAGACAAAUUCCAGACAUCAAGUGAUGGAUUCCCUUACAAGAGCAUGAUGAACAGAGUGGUGGAAGACAAAGUAAGUUCUUUCUCGCAAGAGGAUGUCAAACUCUAUAUAGAUGCCCCUGAAUGUGGCUUUGUCCGCAUUGUCACAGACAUCCUUGAACUGCCAGUAUCUGGUGACUUUGAAAAACAGGUUUACAGAGUCAUUGAUAAACAUGCAGAGAUCUUAAGUCAAGACAAGAUGCUGAAGGGACUUCUGAAGGGAAAACAUCUAAAGAACUGUCUUGAUGUUGUCCUUGAAAAUUGCAAUGUCAGAAACCUAAAAGUUGUAGAAGUUGGUGCUCGCAAAGGAAGGUUGUUUUCCAGAGUUGUUCCCCUACUUAGCUCACAUCCAGCAGUUGAAGUGGACAUCACAGUUACUGAUCCAGAAUUAAAGAACUUUGAACUUCUCCACUCAGCUUUGGAAUCUGUGGAAGCAAGCGAAGUGGAAUGGAACACAUUGGAUCAAGCACCAACCAGUCUUAAUAAGACGCAUCUUGUUGUCGUUGACGGACUGGCCAGAACAGCACCAGAUAUCCCCACAGCCUUAGCAAACAUCAGAGAAAUUAUUCAUGAUGAUGGUUUCCUUCUCCUCCAUGAGGUCACUGUCAACUUUCACGCUGGAUUCAGCUUUGAUGGUUUCAUCGAUGGAUUAAUUCCGAAGGACAAGAUUCCAAGGGAGCUUGGGAUCUAUCUGAAUGGUGCCCAAUGGAUGACAGUGAUCAAAGAGGCAGGAUUUGAGGUUGUCAGUCGUAAAAGUGAUGGCAUGCUCUGUACGAUGUAUUUGUGCAGAAAAAUCACACACAGUACUCCUAAGACUCUGCAGAUGGUUAAAAUUGCUGAUUCCAACUUUGAAUGGGUGGAGGAAUUAAAGAGAAAAAUCAGUGAAGGGGAAGAAAACAACAGUACUGAAAGAGUAUGGCUUGUAGCUGAGCAGGUGUCCAAUGCAGGUGUUGUUGGGAUGGUCAACUGUCUAAGACAAGAACCGGGUGGCCAACGAGUAAGAUGCAUUUUUAAUGGUGACCUUGAUGGCAGUGACAACUUUGACCUUUCUCCAUCAAAUAAGAUGAUGUCAGAUGUCUUAAAACGUGAUCUUGUGAUGAAUGUUUACAGAAAUGGCCAAAUUGGUUCCUUUAGGCACAAUGCACUAAGCAAAGCAAGUGUAAGGGUUCUUGCAAGGCAUGGACGAUUCUUAGAGAUUGGAAAAUAUGACCUGUCUAACAACACCCCACUAGGUAUGGCAGUGUUCCUUCGCAAUGUAGCGUUCCAUGGAAUCCUUCUGGAUGCCCUCUUUGAAGACGGUAAUGAUGAAUGGCAAAUGGUUGCGGAUCUUGUUACAGCAGGAAUCAAGUCUGGAGCAGUGACACCACUAAGGACAACAGUCUUUGAAAAGAGUGAUGUAGAGGGCGCUUUCCGUUAUAUGGCGCAAGGAAAACACAUUGGAAAGGUCCUGGUUAAGGUACGUGAUUCUGUGGAGCCGUCGUUUUCUAUGAAUGCCUUAUCUUACACCUACUGCCAUCCUAACAAAGUCUACAUCAUCACAGGUGGCCUAGGUGGCUUUGGAUUGGAACUCUCGCAUUGGUUAAUACACAAAGGUGCAAGGAACCUUGUGUUGACCUCUCGCUCUGGAAUCAAAACCGGUUAUCAAGCCUUAUGCGUGAAAGGCUGGCGUGAGAAGGGCGUUAAUGUUGUUGUAUCGAAUCGUGAUGUAUCCAAACAGGAAGAAGCUGAACUAUUGAUUAAAGAGAGCAGUCAAAUUGGACCAAUCGCUGGUGUUUUCCAUCUAGCAAUGGUGUUGAGAGAUGGAAUGUUUGAGAACCAGACUCCUGCAGACUUUGAGGCUGUCUGCGCUCCUAAAGUAACUGGCACCGCCAAUUUAGAUACAGCAACUCGUGCUCUGUGUAGUGAAGAACUAGACUGGUUUGUGGUAUUCUCUUCUGUAAGCUGUGGGCGUGGUAAUGCUGGUCAGGCUAACUACGGAUAUGCUAACUCAACUAUGGAGAGGAUCUGUGAAACGAGGCGGCACAAUGGCCUGCAUGGCUUAGCUAUCCAGUGGGGAGCUAUUGGAGAUGUCGGUGUAGUACUAGAGCAGAUGGGUGACAAUGAGACAGUCAUUGGUGGAACUCACCCUCAACGUAUCUUAUCCUGUCUGGAUACCCUUGACUACUUCCUGACCACAAACCACGCAGUAGUCUCAAGCUUUGUACGUGCAGAGACUAAAUCACACUCAAAAUUGGACAAAUCCAGCUCGUUGGAUCUUGUAGCUGUUGUCGCGAAUAUUCUUGGCGUCCGUGAGCCUUCAUCCGUCAAGCCAGACACGACACUCGCUGAUCUUGGCUUGGAUUCGUUGAUGGGUGUCGAAGUGAAACAGACGCUGGAGAGAGAUUUUGAAUUGGUGAUUGCAAUGAAAGACGUACGAUUGCUAACGUUUAAUAAACUCAAAGAACUAUCAACUAACAGUAGUGAUAUGUCACCUUCAGUACCAUCUCCUGCAGGUCGAAGUUCACCAACAUUGCCAAUACUGCCAGAUGGAAUUGGUAUUGCGUUAGUGCCACAUAGUGACCAGAGGACGUUAGUUAAAUUAAAUUCCGUUGAAAACGACCAAAACCCAGUUUUCCUGAUCCAUCCAAUGGAAGGUUCUGUGAAUAUUUUUAAAGAUUUAGCCUUGUGUUUCUCCUCUCCUUGUUACGGUCUGCAGUGCUCUGCAAAUGUCCCAGUGGAAUCCAUACAGAACAUGGCUGCAGAUUAUAUACAGAACAUUCAAAAUUUACAGCCAGUGGGACCCUGGACUGUCAUUGGCUACUCCUAUGGCUGUUGCAUAGCAACUGAAAUUAGCCUCCAGCUACAGGCACAGAAUACUUACUUGACUAAUAACAGUUUAGUGUUACUUGAUGGUUCACCAGAAUUUGUCAAAGUUCACUUCGGAAAGUUUGCGCAAAAAUUGUCGCUGGAGAAGAAUGAAGAUGGCGUUGAUGUUGGGCUUGAGUGUGGCACUGAGAUUGCUUGUAUAUGUAGUAUUGUUGAGAAAUUUAUUGAAGCUGAUUUUACUCAGCUGAUUAGUGAAUUGAUUGCUUGUGCUGACUUAGAUGCUAAAGUUAAUUAUGCAGUCAAUUUGAUCCUACAACAACAUCCAAGUCUCAAAUCGGAUGACCUACAGUUUGCCAUGGAAUCUUACAUCAAGCGAAUGAAAGCAUCACAGAUCUAUGAACCAAGAGAGCGUUUCCACGGCUCAAUUCACCUCCUCAGACCAUCCGAUGGAUUUAGCGGCAAAGACACUGACGACAACCUGACCACGGAUUAUGACUUAAGCAAAGUUUGUUCUGGUGACGUCAAGGUUUCCUAUCAUUCUGGUGACCAUGAAUCAUUUAUCCAGGGGGAGGAAGCACAACACAUAGCAAAGCAUAUAAAUAAAGUAAUCUUCUAAAAAGGCAAUAGUAGCUCCUUAAAAUUAAGUCACUUACCCCUCUACAGUACUACCAUUGAGUAUUAAAAAUACUUGCAAGUGUAGCAUAUACAUAAUGCAUUUGUUAGCCUAGCAUCUUCCUCUACAACAUUGACUCUUUGGCCAUUAUUCAUGAAUAAUGCUGAAACUAUUGACCAAAAUUGAAUAUAUUAAAAAUGUCCUGACCUAAGGUAAACAAAAAGAAGGUGAUGGAUGCAUUUUCUACUACUGUAUAUAUUUGCUAGAUAUUGGAAAACAAACUAAAGAAUCUGCAGCUGAUGUAGAUAUACUUAGACAAGAGAGGGCACUAUUGCAUGACUGAAAAUUGGUUUAAAAACUUUGGUUUCAGAUGACGUUGAUGCAUCUCAGAAGAAUCUCUUGGUAGAAACACUUAAAUAUUAUUAUACAUUUAUUUGUCUCUUCCUAUGAUUUGUUUUUAAUUAAAAAAAAAAAAACAAAGAUGGAAAUUGUGGAUAUAAAUACAUGAUUGUAAACAUUUUAUUUUUUCCCCAAAUCAUUUAAUGUAUUUUCAUUUAUGUGUAUACAUUUAUAAAAGCUAUUUUGAACUUGAUUAUGAUUAGUGGAUUUUGUGAACAUGAUCGUAAACCUUGGAGGAUCAAUUUCAAACUAUGAAGUCAUGUUUAAGUUAUAGUAUAUAAUUACAGUAUUCAAAUUUGUUUGUGCAAUACAUAAUACAAUAUUAAUUUAAUAUACAAAAUAAUUUAAUAAUAAUCACAAUAAAACACUAGCACAAAAUAAUAAAAAGUACUCUAUUUACAGAUCACUGUUAUGCUUAUUUCUUAUACUUUUUUACUUUAGUUUAUUUGUAAUAUACAGUAGCAUAUUGUUGUAUUGUUUUUGUUAUCCAAUAAGAAAUACACUUGGCAAUUACAGAUUUUUGUUAAAUUUUCUAAUAAUGGAGCUUUCCACUAAGCCCCAACCGUUGGAUAUUGUGUCCAAGGUCCCACAAAACGACAGUGUAAGUUACCUUGAAUGAUUUGUGUUGCUAAUUUGCAUCACGAUGACAUCUUGCAUUCAAAUAAAAGAAUAAGUCUGUGCAUCAA